AUGGCUUCCAUGACGUGUCUUCUCUUCCUCACUCGCUCUACUGAUUUGCGCAUUGUUUCGUAUGUUCACGACAGAGAAAACUACGACCUCGGCCUGUUUGGUGGCACAGAAAAGCCGCUGAAGAUCCCUAAAAAUGGAAAAAUCGACGAAACCACGCCGUAUUGGGAGCUCAGGGCCAGCGACAUCAAACACUGGUCCGAUCCCGACGACAACGAGGACCCUAACAACGUUCAGCCAGGGACGGAGCAAGACGGCACGCCACGGAAUGCAGACGAAGUCAGUCGACUGCAGGAUGAAAAAGACAAGCGCAAGCUUUGGAGAUAUCUCUACCGAGCGACUGCUAAUCUCAAAAGCUCCAACCAGAUCUAUGGAAAGACCCUGGCUGCACUCGACAACAGGGAUAACCGAACCGAGGAGCACGCCGAGAAGCUCGUUACCAAGCCCUUUUCCCACAUCAAAGUCGGCUACAGCAAGGAUGAGCCCGUCUAUUUUGACCCUUACCCCAACUACAACAGUGACGAGUGGCAGACUGAGGGCUACGCACCCUACGUUUCGUGCAGAGGUGCGAAUGGGAGACACAUUGACGACAUUAUGGUAUUCAAAGGCCGCCCUCAAAACUUUCCCACGCACCUAAUGGGCAGCUAUAAAGCCCUCAACCUUGAUCCCAAUAUUUGUUGGGAACGCGACACGAGGCUCGGCCCGUAUGGACUCCUUGAGCAAACGAGGCAAGUCGGUGGUCGCUUGCAGCUUCUGCACUGGGAUCAAGUCGACUGGGGCAACCUUCAGAGAACAUGCGUCAAGAACAAUGCGAAGCGUUAUAAAGAAAACGUGAGCAGCGAUAAUCCGUACCUUGCUGUCUACCCCGAGACACAGCGUUUUAUUCCCGCUCAGUCCGGCACUGAAGAAUCGCAAAUCGCAAUCAACGGCCACAGCAAAGGCAAGGAAGCGCACGGAGUUGAAGCCCGCGACACUCACACUGGUGAUGUUUCUCCAUCCGAAACGGCGGCACCCGAGAGCGAGGCCACGUCUCAGUACAAGACAGAGAACCGCACUGCCCUUUUGCUGCGGUCUUAUACCGGCAAAAGGUACACCGAAAACGACAAACAAACCAUUCGGGCCCUUAUUACUGAACUCGCACUAAAGUCAGGCGGCGAAUACGAAGUAUUUCUCCUCGUCCACGUCAAAGAUGGGACCAAGGAUGUUUUUGGCAACGAACAGGACCGGUGGCAAGUCCUUUUGGACCAUGUCCCGCCCGAAUUCCACGGAAUCACCGUCCUCUGGAACGACCAAUCUGUCAAGGAUAUUUACACCGAGAUGAAGGAUGACGAGGAACGAGACGUGCACAGAGCGCAAUGGUUAUCGGUCCAAAAGUUCAGCUACGACCACCCUGAAUUUGAGUACAUUUGGAACUGGGAAAUGGACUUUCGCUACACUGGCCACCACUAUGAUUUGCUUGACAAUAUUCACAAGUUCGCACGAAAACAGCCCCGCAAGGGCCUCUGGGAGAGAAACGAGCGUUGGUAUGUUCCGGGGUAUCACGGCGACUACGAUACUACUUUUCGACAGUCGAUCGAACAGCAGUACGGUGACGCGAUUGUAUGGGGUCCUCCGGAUUUGCCCUUUAUCAAGCCACAAGGACCAAAGCCACCGACGACACCAUCUGAAGACAAUUACGAAUGGGGAGUCGGAGAAGAUGCCGAUGUCAUUACCGUCGGGCCCAUGUUCAACCCUGUCAAUAGCCUUUGGAUCAUGGGGGGGGACAUAUGGGGCUACAGCGACGAAACGCACAACAGGGAAGACGUACCCAGACGAACAACUAUAGUGACACACUCUCGCAUCUCGAAACGCCUGCUCAACCUGAUGCACACGGAGAAUAUGCGAGGCAACCAUGUCGCCUCCGAGAUGACGCCGCAGACGGUUGCGCUUCAUCAUGGCCUCAAGGCCGUCUUUGCCCCCCAGCCCGUCUUUAUGGACCGACAGUGGACGAGCUCCUUCGUCGACAAAUGGUUCAAUGCCGGACCGGGCGGCGCUGCUGGCGGCUAUGGCAGUGCCAUGGGCUGGGGCCGCGAGCGUCGCUACCAGGGCACCACCUGGUACUACCGUGCCGAGCCUCCCAACCGGCUCUUCAACAACUGGAUGGGAUGGGAGGACACUGGGAUCGGCGGCGCCACUUGGGAGCAGCGCCAUGGGCGUCCAUGCCUGCCCUCGAUCAUGCUCCAUCCCGUCAAGGACCCGGAGCCGACGAAGAGUGGCCACGCGUCGGGCUUCAACCUCGGCUACGGCUAA